AUGGCUUUCGUGCGUUUCCUAGUCAUUCUGCUUUCCGCCUCCGCCGCGCUCUCUUCCAUACCUUCCGCGCACGCGCAGCCCUUGUGUCCGCGCCCGCCCACGGUGGCGCAAGUGAACCUCUCCGCGUACGCGGGGCGGUGGUUCGAGAUCGGCACGAGCGCGCGCUUCAAGCUGCAGCGGGAAAACGGCCUCGUGUGCAACCAGGCGCGCUACACGUUCAGCGCGGGGAGCGCGGGAAGCGGGGGGAGCGGGGUGAGCGCGGGUGGCGCGGAUGCGGGGACGAGCGGCGUCAGUAUCAGGGUGGAGAAUUCAGGGCGACUUGUGGCGUCGCCUGCUGUGCUGCAAAGCAUGGGCAGCGUCGCUGGAAAUAGCCGUGACGCGUGCAUCGCCCUAGCAAACGUGUCCUCUGCUGCGGCCUCUGCUCUGGAGCUGCUGCAGUCACAGCCACAAGCUGCGGUUGCCUGCUCACAGCUCGACUUCCACAACGCGUCGCUCAACCUCCUCUCCAACCAGCUGCUCCUGCACGCAUCCGCGUCCGCGGACAAGGCCAGCCAGAUUGCAUCCGCAGCAGCGACUAUUCAGAACGCUAGCGCAAACUGCGACAGCUCUGUAUCAUCAGCAGCAGCGAGUAUUCUCACAUAUGCGAAUUCUCUUCGGGACGCGUUGAACCGGGUGGGUUCAGCAGUGGCUCCGUUCGCUGGUUCCGACAUUCUCUCCAUUUCCUUGGCUUCCGUCGCCAGCGUUCCUCUUCCCUUCGGCGGGAUCCCAACCUUGGUGUUCGGCCAGGCUGUCCCCAGUACUGACGACCCCGCUAAGCUCACAGUCACCUUCGAUCUCUUCCCGUCUACAACUACCGAGCCCAACUACUGGAUUCUCGCGCUGGAUGGGAGCGAGGCGGAAGGUUAUUCCGCCGCGCUGGUGUUCUCAUGCACGGAACCCCAGGGUUCGGAUCCGACGCCUCGCGUGGACGUUUGGGUGAUCUCUAGGUCUCCUGAUAUGCCCGAAGACGAAUUGCAGGAGUUACUGGGGGUUUUGUCUGGGUACGGAGUGGGCCUAGGCUGCGAUAACCCGUUUGUGCGCACCGUGCAGGACCGUGCUAGGUGCGGCUACUGA